AUUUUUUAUAUUUUUCUAGUAUUAUUAUCCUUUUAUAAUUACUCUAGGUGCUAUAUUAUGUAAUUUGCUUUACGUAAAAAGGACGUUGAUGGACUUACACUAAGGCCAACAGUCCUCUAAUUUGACCCUAAUAUGACCCAUAGAUUAGGCCAUCCCUAUCAAUGAAGCAGAAUAGAGAAAGGAAAUGGGAGAGUACCAAGGUUGAUUUUCAAUACAAUGAUGAAUGCACUCAUUUGUAUGAUUGAAAGUGUGUUAGUGAAUGUAGUUAUUGAUACCCCGUUAUGGUUGAAUUUGAUAUUAAAAGAAAUAGAGUUUGUAUUAUUCUUGAACAUUUCUUAAGAGUUUAAAUGUAAUUGAAGGGACGCAACAUGGAAAGUCCCCACUCUGUGAACAGUCCAAGAAGAACUCUCAGUCUGUCAAAGCNGCGGAGGGCAACUGUGUCCUUUUUGGACCCUGAUGACAAAACCUCUGGCUUCGGAUUGUCUGGCGAUCAUGGCCCUAAGCCUUCUGAAGUUUAUGGUUUUGUAGGUUCUAUUACCACUGUUGUUGCUACAGUUAUUUUCUUCAUAUGGGCAUAUGUUCCAAAAUCAUGGCUACACUCUGCUGGCAUCUCGUACUAUCCUAGCAGAUAUUGGGCUUUAGCAGUACCAACAUAUGUGAUGGUGACCAUUAUUUUGAUGCUGGGAUUCUACAUUGGCCUUAACUUUAUUUCAACACCUUCGCCUUCUUCUUUAAACACAGUUUUUGAUGAAUUCAGUAGAGAUCCUUUGAGUAACGAGUGUUCUCUAGAAGAUGAAAAGCCCAUUGAUCCCAUUUCAGAUAUCGGCCUUGACAGAAUCAAUGAUGUUAUGUUCAAUAAUGCAACCUAACAGUCACACAUAUCUCUCAAUCCUNUUAUGAUGGGAAUUGCUAUCAAGCAAGUGCUGCUAAUUUGGGUUAUUGUAGGAGAAGCUAUAGCUACAGAGGUGAAAUUUAUUAAAUUGGUGUUGUGAGAGAAUGAUUUCAUUCCAUCUUACGGUAGAAUUUCCUUUUAACGCUGAUUUUUUUAGGUCUAGUUUUUAAAAGCUGUUAUCUGCUUAUUUUGGAGUUUUGAACCUUGCUACUUGAUGAAUUGGUGGUGAAGAGUUGUAGAUAAGGAAACGACCUCUUUGUUUAUAUGGGAAAUAUUAUAUAUCUGACUCUUGUCCCAGAAUUGUGGUUGUAUUUGUGCA